GUGAACUCUACAAAAACGGGGGCCUCAGGGUCCAGAGUGAUUGGGAAGGUCCCAGGUCAGAGCAGAUGGAGAUGGGGCGCUUCCGGAUCCCUCUGGACCAGACUCUGCAGCGUGGCGCCCCCUAGAGGCCAUGGGGACCUGCCGGCCGUUGGGCGCGGGCGCAGCCAUUGCAGAAGCUCGCUCCGGGGGCCCGCGGCUGCACCAUGGUGCUGUCGGCGGCGGACCAGGCUGCAGUGCGCGCUCUCUGGAGAAAACUGGAUACCAACGUGGGCGUCUACACCACGGAGGCCCUGGAGAGGACCUUCCUGGCCUUCCCCUCCACCAAGACAUACUUCGCCCACCUGGACCUGAGGCCCGGCUCCGCCCAGGUCAAAGCCCACGGCCAGAAGGUGGCUGACGCGCUGACCCUGGCCGUGAACCACCUGGACGACCUGCCCCGCGCCCUGUCGGCUCUGAGCGACCUGCACGCGCACAAGCUGCAGGUGAACCCCGUCAACUUCAAGCUGCUGGGCCACUGCCUGCUGGUCACCCUCGCCCGGCACUACCCCGGAGACUUCAGCCCCGCCCUGCAGGCCUCGCUGGACAAGUUUCUGAGCCACGUGAUUUGGGCGCUGGCCUCCAGCUAUCGCUAAACGGGGGGUGCGU